CUCCACUCUCUUGCAUGAAACUGUACUGUGAGAAUAAUGUCACCUAUUUUAUAACCUCUCAUCUUUGUUGUCUCUCUUGCAAUUAUCUUCUAGCUUGUGGUUGGAGAUUGAAUCAGAAAGUUUAUCUACCCCAUAAUACUCAGUUGUGUCUGUCACAGGAAGCCAAGCACUCCUGUUCUUGUACACCGCUGUGGGGACAAGGUAAAAUGCGUUUUAGCACCCUUGCACCCAAAACCACCAGGGUUUCACAAACCCCUGGUAUCAUCGUGGUGUGCGCUGUUCUUAUUUUUAUUCAGCCAGUCAGCGCCUGCAUGAUAUCUCACUGAGCGACUCCCUGUCUGCCUCUAAUCUGCAGAAGUGUGCCCCCCCAAGCAGGAUGUAAAGUUUUAGCAGUGAGGUAGCAGUAGCAGCCUGCUUUGAUGUUUAAAAAAAAAAAGAAGUAAUUGCAACAAUGGUGUUAGGUCAGAAUUCUCUUUUUAAAGCCUACACUAUUUUCCAUCUUCAGUUGUUGUUUAUGCAACCUCCACUACAGUCAGUAACCUUACCAUAUACUGUAUGAAACAAUCCCCUCCCCAGUCAGCACAAUUACAAACUUCUCACAGUAGAUGAAGAAAAAAAAACUAAAACUCCUCCCUCCCACCCACACAGACAGUUUUUUUGUGUCUAGCUCUGUCAUAUGUGGAGAUAUACAGCAGAGACAUGAGGAGUCUGAGGCGAAGGAGAACACCUCUUUCAUGAAACAAUGGAAAUGUGGUUGACUCUGCUGUUACUCACAGCCCUGGUGAUAUCUGAUCAAAGGUUUGUGAUUCUGGAUGGAUUGCAAAAAACAGUGGAAGUUCCUUUUGGUAGCUCUGUGAUCUUUGAAUGCGGUUUGAAGAUUAAGACCAAUGGCAGAUUUUGGGUAAAAUGGUCUUUCAACUCGUCUGGAUCUUCAUUCCCUGGAUCAGAGCUAUUCUGUGAUGAGAUCAUUAACAAAUCUGCAAAGCUCACCACCGUGGUGUCUAACCAGACAACGCAGGACCCGCGAAACAAAGAGCAACAACUUUGCAUUAAAUCAAAUGUAACGGACCAGAACAACGGAUGGUACUUUUGCGAAGUCAAAAUAGAUAUUCCCACAUUAACCUCUAAUCACAGCAACGGAACAAAAUUAAUCAUUUCACAGAGCAAGGAACAUGCAACGCACCCGUCACUACCCCUAGUGACAGUCAAACAAGCUACCGUGUCUCCCACAGACACCUUCUCGCUGGAUGGCCACUGGAUGUGGAUCCUGUUGGGGGUAUCUUCUUUCAUCCUGAUUGUCCUGCUGGUCCUGUGUGUCUUGCUGAGAAGAAGACUCCGCAGAAGCAGAGUCUGAGUGAGAGAACAAAAGAAGCAUGUGCUGUAGCCUAUAUCUGUCCAACUCGUGGCUGGUGGAUGCAAACUGAAUAAGCAAGUGGUUUGUGUGGUUUAAACUGCACAGUGUGUGACAAUCUAAAAUGGCUAUGUAGGACACAAGUUUACUGCUGUGUGGUUUAAGUAAGGAUGUAGAAAGACUUUAAUUUCUAAAACAGCCCACAGUCUUUGAAGACAAAGCCCCUUCUCUUGCAGGCAGAGCUCAGU